AUGGCUCCUCAAACGUACGAUCCGCACACUCGACCUCAUAUUCUUACUAACAUUCUUUCUGAGAACAACAAGAAAGCGGACCUUGACCAGAAGAAGCCCACCGGGGGAGCCGCGCGUUGCUGUUUCCUCGAGCUACCUCCUGAGCUUCGCAACCGCAUCUAUCACUUUGCUCAAGAGAUUCACUUUCACCCACAUGGCGAGGUACCCCCGCUUCUCGUCAAGACCACCAAAGCAACAGUUCUGCAACAACCCUACAGCGCACGCAAGUUCUUUGCCCUUACACAGGCUUGCAAGCAAAUACGUUCAGAGUUUCGUCCCUUGUGGCUACGCAAAUCCGCACUCCGUAUCGAGAUGAAGAACGUCCGCCCCUUCAUCACGACAUACUAUCCGAAGACCGAAGAGUACAAGAACGCUCCCAGUCUUCUAAUGGUUUCAUGGGAUCAUGGAGAUGGCGAAGACGACGACGUUCUGUCUGAUGUCACACUUUUGUGCCACUUACGUGCGCACUCCCCAACCUUCACCGCCGAGUUUGUAUCGCGUAGACUGGUGGAUUUUGACCUACCAAACGUUGAUUGUUGGGACUGUGGACACAGCAUUCAUUGUGACUGUGGCAUCGAUUGCGAACACGAGGAUGCUCGCGACGAGGCCAUAUGCGAUUUGAUAGGCGAUCACUUCUACCUCAGAAUAGUGAACAAAGUUCUCGCUAACAGUAGCGAGGCAUGGCUGAAAGGCGUUCGUGAAGAUACUCAGAAGGAUAUGAAAGUCGAGUUUACCUUCGAUACAGUCGAUCAACGUGCUACUAUCUACAUCCGUUUCCUUAAGGGUGGUGCUCCAGCGCUCUUCGACAAGAAAGACAUGUACAACACAGCCAUUCGCUAUCUUGAACAGAUGGGCAUGUUGGAUCUGGAACACCGCCAGGAUCUCGACUUCGUCGUUGGAGAAGCAACUGACAAGUACACGCGCCAUUUUUAUGGCUGCCAUUACGCGACUCCGACUUACAGCCAGAUCCACAUCUCCGGUCGCGAUCUCCAGUCCCCUGACAGCACGACAGCCAUGGGUUCUCAAGCUGUCUCUACAACUUGA